AUGGACGUCCCUGGUACCGCCUUGAUCACUGGAGCCGCGUCAGGUAUCGGACGAGCCUGUGCAUUGGGUUUCGCAAAAGAGGGCGCAUCUGGCCUAGCUCUUCUUGACUUGAAUGAGGAAGGCUUGGCAGCAGUCAAAUCUGAAAUCGAAGAGACUCGACGCAAGCUGGGGCAAACCAAGCCCGCUCGCAUCGAGACGUACCCUACCAACGUGGCGGACGAGAGCCGCGUCAACCACGUCGUGCAAGAAGUGGCGCAGACCUUUGGUCGUCUCGACUACGUGGUCAAUGCCGCGGGGAUUGCAAUGAAGCACCAGGGCGGCGCCGCGUUCGCCGAAACCGCCGAUUGGGAGCGCAUCCUCAACAUCAACCUGACAGGCACAUUCUUCGUGCUGCGCGCUGCGGCCAAGAUCAUGCUCCAGCAGGAGCGGAUAAAAUCCAGCAUUGAUGGCCGGCCUUUGCAGCGUGGCUCGAUCGUCAACUUCUCGUCCAUCCAGGGUGUCGCUGGAAUUCCGCUCUCGACGGCGUAUACGGCCACCAAGCAUGCGGUGAUUGGGCUCACGCGAACCGCAUCGGAGGACUAUGCGAAGGAAGGGCUGCGCAUUAACGCUAUCUGCCCUGGAUACACAGAGACCCCGCUCACAACCAAGUCGCCCGCAAUUUUGCAAGCCAUGACGGAGCGCGUCGCGACCGCGGUGCCAAUGGUGCGCAUGGGGAGGUCCGAGGAGAUUGCGGACGGAGUGUUGUACCUUGCGGGAGGGAGGAGCUCUUUUGUGACGGGCACUGCGUUGAUGGUGGAUGGAGGUUAUACACAGCGAUAA